UCUCAGUGCUGGGUUAAUGAUUGGACUUGAUGAUCUUGGAUGUAUUUACCAACCUAAAUGAUUCUACUAUGUAUAGCACCUUUUCCCCUUGCAUCCCCUACCUCCCAAGGGGAUGGUCAUCCUGGAUGGAAGGUGUUCACUGGGGCACUGACCUGUGAGCUUUUCCAAUCCCUCAGUCACACCCACAUGAGCACAGUCCCUGUGGCUGCCCCUCCGUGGGUGCUGCAGGAGCCCACCCUUUCAGGGGCUCAUGUAAAACACAGGUGGCCUGGCCACAUGGGUCCAGCUCUGUGCAAAAACAGGCUCUGGUGUCCUGGCCUGCCCUUCCCUGUCUGCCUUUUGGCAGUACCUGCACUUUGUGCCAGCCCACACCAGGAGUACAAAGCAGCAGUUUGUCCUUCAGUCCAUCACUGGGUGAGGCACCGGGUGCCACCACUCUGGCUGAGGUGUGCAGGGUGCCAUGGGGUCCUGGAUGCACACCUCUGCCAUCCUGCCAUCCCGACAGCAACCCCAACCACUACAAACAGCAAUACUGCAGCUGUGAUUCUAAAAGCUAUGUCCCCAGAAAUUGGCCCUUAUUAAUGGCAAUGCAGGUAAUUAAGAAAUAGUGUAUCAUUUAAAACAAAUAUGGCAAAUAAAGACAGUAGUCUUUAAUAAAUAAAGACAAAAAUCUGGAAUAGAGGAAGCAAAGUACCUUGUUGAAAAAUACUAAACUGAGAUCUGGCUGCAGCAUGCAUCCACAGCUGUCUUUUCCUUAGGCUCAUAUACAGUGUUAUGUAUAUGUUUCAUUUUACUCACUUAGUUACUUCCACUGAAUGAACUCAUGCAGUUUACAGAACUUAAUGAUGCAUGUGAAGUAUUUCCCAGAGCGAGUAGCUAGAUUCCCAUCAGAAGGAUGUGUAGAAAUGCAGGGGACUCUUAGGACUGUUCUAAGAAAAGGCUGGGUCUGGCCAUGCAUAUACAGCAAAAAUCAGGUGCCUGCCCAGAAAAAAAAUGUCUUCACUGUUUACUCUGCACCAUUUCUAAAGUAGUAACACUUGUCUGUCCUGGUUAAUGUUUUCUAGAGGACAUUUUGCUUUCAUAAUGCUAUUCAACUGUAUAAAUAAGAGAGGGAGCUGCAGGGCAGUCCUGGUGAAGACAGCAGGAUCCUUGGAAGCUGCUUGAUGCUUCAUCCCUGAGUGUGUGCAGUAACUCAGGUUCAACAGCAAAUACUCAUGGUGGCCUGGUAGAAGAGUGAGAGCUCAUGUUCACCUGUUUCCAGGUAAAAGGAGGCUUAAAGGAUUUUAAUACAGGAGCAUGAAGACCACACUCUACCUGAGUUUGCUGCUGGCUGGGUUUCACACUGUUGCCCACAGUCAGCUCCCCCCCAGCGACCACAGCGGACACGAUCCAAAUGACCCUGAACAUCACGUGCAUCACGGAGGUGAAGCCAUCGCUUGCCUCAAGCUUGUGCCAAACAAUGCUGACUUUGCAUUCCAGUUUUUUAGGGAGGUCACACAGGAGGCACCCAACAGGAACAUUUUCUUCUCUCCUGUGAGCAUCUCUGCUGCCUUUGCAAUGCUGGCCCUUGGGGCUAGAUCGGCCACACAGUCUCAGAUCCUGGAAGGACUCACCUUCAACCUCACAGAGAUUCAGGAGAAAGAGAUACAUGAAGGCUUCCACAACCUAAUCCACAUGCUGAGCCAUCCUGAGGGUGGAGUCCAGCUCAACAUGGGGAAUGCCAUCUUUGUAACAGAGAAGCUGAAACUCCUAAAAAAGUUUUUAGAUGAUGCCAAAGCUCUGUAUCAGCUGGAGGCUUUUACAACUGACUUUAACAAACCCACAGAAGCUGAAAAGCAGAUCAAUGAUUAUAUAGAGAAGAAAACACAUGGGAAAAUUACUAAUUUGGUCAAGGACAUGGACCCACAAACUGUAAUGCUUCUGGCUAGCUUUGUUUUCUUUAAAGGCAGCUGGGAAAAGCCUUUUAAACCAGAGCAUACUGAAGAAAGGGAGUUCUUUGUGGAUGCUGAAACGACUGUGAAAGUCCCUAUGAUGCACCAGAUGGGGAGAUUUGACUUCUAUUUUGAUGAGGAGCUGUCAUGCACUGUGGUACGGCUGCAUUAUAAUGGGAGUGCUACUGCAUUCCUGGUUCUGCCAGCAAAGGGGAAAAUGAAGCAGUUAGAGCAAAUUCUGGACAAGGAAACCAUCCAGAAAUGGUCAGACCAUCUCUUCCAGAGCUUUAUGGACCUCUACUUCCCUAGAUUUUCUAUUUCUGGAAGCUAUGAAAUAAGUAACACCCUUAGAAAGAUGGGAAUUGUGGAUGUUUUCACCAACCAGGCAGAUCUCUCUGGCAUCACUGGCACCCCAGAGCUGAAGGUUUCCAAAGUUGUCCACAAGGCUUCUUUGGAUGUUGAUGAGAAAGGUACUGAGGCAGCAGCAGCAACUGCUGUUGAAAUAAUGCCAGUGGCUCUUCCUCCAACCAUUGAAUUCAGCCAUCCCUUCCUCGUGCUGAUUUUUGAUAGAGAUACAAACAGUACACUCUUCGUAGGAAAAAUAGUUAACCCAACUAUCACUAGCUGAAAUGACAUAUGAAUUUUGUUUGCUAUUAUUAAUUAAAGAUGUGAAAAUGCAUGACAUGAUUUAUUUCCAUUUGUACCAGCUCAUAUAUUGUUCUUUGUUAGUAACAGUUUUUAUUUUAUGUCAUCAUCAAAAACUAUUGGUAUUGACCAUGACACUUGCUGAAGAGGAAGGAAGAAGCUGUUCUAAAUUCAGCUAGAAAAGAAUGUCUUUUUUACGUGACUGAAAGACAAGGAAAGUCCUCAGCUUUGCCAGCCUUUGGAAAGAAAUGCUUUAUUACAAUGGAAGACUCCUGCUCAAUACAAGGCAGUCAGCAGAUAAAAUUAUGAACAUUCUUGCAAAGCAAGCAGAAGUGGUUGUAAUUUACCAUAAGUAAAUCUGACAUGGGAACAGUUGAAUCAACAUUGCAGAGUCACAGAAACCUGAAGCUUCUAAUGGAGACAGCUCUGGGAAAGUGAAAAGCUGCCUUCAACAGCUUUCUGUACCAGAAACCUUUUAUCAUUCUUAGAAUCAAUCUAGCAGCAAAUCUUCCUGACUUUCUUGCAGCUCAAAAGAGAACAGGAAGAUCAACUCUGCCUUAAAUAUGAAGAUUUUCACCAUGUGUUACCAAUUUAACAAAUUUAGAUGGAGCUACUGACUUCUCACACAUGUAUCACCAUCACUGGUGAGAAGGAGGAUGUAGCUGAAUGGGAAGGUGAGGUGUUUGGAUGGCAAUUACACAAGCAUACUGUCAGCUAGAUUUGUGGAAAGCCUAUAAGGAGACUAGAGAAGUAGAGAUUUUUCAAAUGCUUUUGUCCUUUUACAGCCAAAAAUUUAAGUAAGGAGCAUGUAAUAAGCAAAUCAUCUGGCCCAGGUAGGGGUGACAGACACCUAGGUAGAACACAGGCUGGCUGGGAACCACCUUCAAUGGACUUGCCUUGGCAACUGGUAUCAGGAGUACAAUUGGCCCUGUUUUCCCUGAAGCUGUGGGGUUUGGGAAGAGAUGAAAUGGUGUCAUGUCACUGGCACUGAUGCUGGGAGCAGUUAAAUGGCUUGGGAAGCGAAUACAACCUCAGCAAAGCCUUGUGUGCCCGCUGCAAAAUUAAGAGCAAGUGUGAUUUUAUUAGUAUGGUGUAGAUAGGGGAUUGUCUCCCCUAUCGCAGUCUAAAGGAAAGCCCCCUUUCUGCACUAUGUUCCUAGUAAAUGUCCUCUGUUAACACGAUGCUUGAUAUGUUUUCUGACUAAAUACAGUCUCAGUAUAGAUGAAUCUAUCAACAACUCAUAGCAUCAAAAGCAGGACUCAGAGUGACAGAAGUGCAGGUACUUUUCUGGCUCCUGCAUACCCCUCCAUCUGUUUGGGUGGCUUUGUGGCCCAACACCCACCCAGGAG